AUGAGUGUCUUCCUUCGUUGGAAGAAUAAAUUACAAGAUGAUUCAAAUAAAACAACGGCGAAUUAUGAGAAUAAAAUCAGAGAAUUCGAUGAAAAAGUAUCAACCUUGAAAGAUGAAAAUCUUGAAUUACGUAAACGUAUUGAUCAGUUAGAAGAAUUGUGUUCAAGACAUGUGAUUGAUCACCGAUGUGAACUAUUAGAAUUACAUAUAUCAAAAUUAGAAGAUGAAAAUUUACGAUUAUUUAAUGAAAAUUGUUAUCAACGAAAACAAUAUGAAAUGUUUUUGGAGAAUGUUACACAAAUGGUAUUUCGUACAUUACUUAUGCAACAGAAUAUUCGAAAAGAAUGCAAUGAAAUUUAUCAAAUUAUUAAUGAUUUAUCGAAACGUUCACGAUUGAAUCAAUUAUCCUGGUGUGGUAAAGUAGGUAAUAAAAAAGCAUUACGUAGUGUAUCAUGUGAAACGAUAAAUAGUAAAAAUAUUAAUAGUUCAAGUCAAACAGAGAAAAAGAAGUCGUUAUUUGGACCGUGUGAAUUAACUCAUUCGUGUAUAGAUUGUCAUUUAAGAAGAAAGACACCAUCAACAACAACAACAUCGGAUAUUCUUAAACAGUUCAAUAGUGAUACUAAAGAAAAACAAACAGAUGAUACAUUCUCAACAUCGUCAACGACAUUACGUAGUUUUUCAGCAACACAAAGUUGGGCACUAGAUUUGUCAUUCUACGAUAAAGAAUCAACAUUUUCGACAACAUUAUCAAAUGCAUCGCCGUUAAUUCAGGAAACAUCUAAAGAAGAUAUAGAACAAAAUAAAGAAGAAAAGCGCCCUAUAGACGAAUCAAAUGAUCUCUCAUUAUGCUCUACUGGCGGGCACCAGUUAAUUCAACGUUCAGAAACAUUUGUUAUUGAAAAAGCAUCAUCACUAAAACUGACUACUACUGUACCAAUGCCGGUGCAUAAACCGGAUGAUCAAAAUUCAAAAAUUCAACGAUGCAGUACUACCAGAGCGCUUGCAUCCAGUACUACUAAUCGUACAUCUCGUCUACCAUAUCGUCGCACAACAGCCACUACUGAUCGCAAUACUGAAUCUUCUUCAUCACCGCUAACCAAAUUUCAACUAUCACAAACAAAUUCACUCUCAUCUGCACAAAAAUCAUCCAGAUUACCGGUGUUACAGUCCCGCAUUAAACAGACACCCAAAACACCCAUAUCAGCACCUAUAAAACCUGUCACAAAAAAAGUUGUAUUAGCAACUCGAACUUCAGUUACUAAACGACCGUGCACAGCACCGAUCCAUACCAAUUAUUUAAAACGGACAUCAAUCCCACCACGAAUAAAAUCGAAAGAGAAUACGACAGCUCGUUCUCGAUCAUCAACAGCAAGUACUAGUAGUAAUCCAAAACGUACUAAAACAUCAACAUCUUUUUCAACAUCACCAUCGAUAACAAAAACGGCAAAAGCCAUUUCAUGGACAAUAGCAACAACAGAUACUGCUGAUGAGAAUAAAGAAAAACAAGAUGUACAAAUGAAUACAACAUCGAGUGAAUCAAGUAUUGAAGAAAAACAUAGAUUAGGUGAUGAAGGUUAUUCAACAAUGUCUUCGGAUAUUAGAGAUGUCUCAUUUGAUAGUUUAAAACGAAAUACAAUCGAUAACGAGAGCGAUCAUAUUGUCAACAAUUGGCUUAAUACAAAUAGUGCGACUAUUAAUAAACCGGUGAAACAACAGCAAACUAAUAAUAACAAGAAAAACAUAUCGAUCUAUGAUGGGCCAGUAAUACCUGCAGAUGAACUAGAACAGUUUAAAAAACAAUUGGAAAAUGAUUCUAAUGUUUUGUGUCCGUUUGUACGAACAAAUCGUCGAACGACUAAUCAGAAGUCAAUUCCUGUGAACGAACACAUAGUCCCAACUACUCUUGUUAAAGAUUUAUCCGUUGAUAGUCUCGAUGAGAUCUGUUGUCAUUCGUCAUCAUCUGAUGGUCCACAACAAACAAUUUCAUCUAGAACCACCACAAAUAGUACUAUCGAUGAAAAUGACCAAACAUUACCACGGUCUGAAACAUUCGAUAAAAUUCUAACAACAACAACAACUCAUAUGGAAUGCAAUACAGAUGAAGAUGAUAUUGAUUCAACGGAUAGUACAUAUUCGGAUAUAAAUCAAUUGUUUCUAGACUAUGAACAACGCGAAGCUCAUUUUUGUCUCGGUACUCGUUCUACACAUCAUCCAAUCAAACCUGAAAAACGUCUUGUUUUUCCCGGUAUUCUUGGACGUCUACUAAUACUAAGACGUGUAUUAUCUGAUUCAGAUAUUUAUCGGAAAGUAUGUCUACGAGAAGAAGAACUAUGUACAAAUGUCUAUCAUAUGGAUACGAUUCGAGAACACAGUAUUGAAUUAAAUUUAUUAUCAACAUACGGUUCUGAAACAGAGUUAAGAGCAUGGUCAAAAGAUUGUUGGGAAACACGAUUUGCCGAAUAUCGAGCAAUGUUUGGUGAAGACGAAGAGGAAAAUCAUCAACAUCGAUCAACACCAAUACCAAUGGGAAAAUAUGAUCAAAAUGAUAUUGAUACAGCUCAGGUGAUGUGUCUUGAUGAUGAUGAAGAUGAUGAUGAUGAUGAAUUAUCUAGUCUAAAUUUUAUUGAUGAACAACAGAUUGCUAUUGAACAACAACAAUUAUUACAACAAAUAUAUGAAUAUCCAUGGUCAUACGAUGAUCUUGAUAAUAUUGAUUAUUCACUUUCUCAUCCAUCAUCAAAAUUAGAAAAAGUAAACAAUGAUGAUGACUUAAUACCAUCAUUAUUAUUAACAUCAGAUGGUACUAAACAACAACAAGAUAAUCUAUUGUUACUUACACACGAUUUUAAAUCAGAUUUUUAUCAAUUAUGUGCACUAACAGCAAGUAGUUCAUUUGCCUAUACGAAUACACGAUCGAAUACUCCAAAUUCGAUACAAACAACAUCGCCUAUUUCCAAUUCAAGUACAUCAUCAUCAUCAUCCGUAUCAGCUUAA